AAUACUUAAAUUUUUCUCUGUGAUCUAAUUUUUGUUUAUAAGUGGAAAAAUUUUUCAAUUUUCCGUUGAGUUUUCUUGCAAAUAUAUAUUAUGGGAAUGGAAAUCAACAGAGUACCUUCGAAAAAAGAUGUGGAACCUAUGGAUAUUGAAUUUGGGGAUGAAGAUUUGCCGUACGAAGAAGAAAUAUUGAGAAAUCCCCAUUCUGUGAAGCACUGGUUGAGAUAUAUUGAACAUAAGAAGAAAUCACCUAAAUUCGAAAUAAAUUUGAUUUAUGAAAGAGCGUUGAAACAGUUGCCCGGUUCGUACAAAUUAUGGUACAAUUACCUACGAGCUAGGAGAAUACAAGUAAAGAGAAGAUGUAUCACUGAUCCACUCUAUGAGGAAGUGAACAAUGCCUUUGAAAGAGCUCUUGUUUUUAUGCAUAAAAUGCCUAGAAUAUGGAUAGAUUAUUGUGUUUUCUUGACAGGACAAUGUAAAAUAACUAGGACCAGAAAAGUUUUCGAUAGAGCGCUCAGAGCUCUACCAAUAACUCAACAUAAUAGAAUAUGGCCAUUAUACUUAAAUUUUGUCAAAAAGUUCCCUAUUCCAGAAACAGCUGUAAGGGUAUUCCGGAGAUAUCUGAAGUUAUUUCCAGAAAAUGCUGAAGAAUAUAUUGAAUACUUGAAGAGUAUUUCAAGAUUAGAUGAAUGUGCGAAACUCUUAGCUAAAAUAGUGAAUGAUGAGAAUUUUGUGUCUCGAGAAGGAAAAUCCAAACAUCAGCUUUGGAACGAAUUAUGUGAAUUGAUUUCACAGAAUCCUAAAGAGGUGGUAUCUUUGAAUGUCGAUGCUAUAAUACGAGGUGGAUUGAGGAGGUACACAGAUCAAGUAGGUCAUUUAUGGAAUUCGCUUGCUGAUUAUUAUGUUCGAAGUGGGUUAUUCGAAAGAGCUAGGGACAUCUAUGAGGAGGCCAUCCAAACUGUUACUACUGUCAGGGAUUUCACUCAAAUAUUCGACGCUUAUGCUCAAUUUGAAGAAUUGAGUUUGGGGAAGAAAACAGAGGAAGCUGCCAAGAAUCCAAAUCCUACCGAUGACGAAGAUAUAGACCUUAGAAUAGCAAGGUUGGAACGUUUAUAUGAAAGACGAUUACUCCUACUCAAUUCCGUUUUACUCAGACAAAAUCCUCAUAAUGUUGAAGAAUGGCACACCCGAGUUAAACUUUACGAAGGAAAGCCUCAUGAAAUUAUCAACACUUAUACAGAAGCCGUACAAACGGUGAAUCCAAAAUUCGCCAUCGGUAAAUUUCACACGCUAUGGAUAGAAUUCGCCAAGUUUUACGAAAAAAAUGAUCAAAUCGAUGAUGCUAGACUAGUGUUUGAAAAAGGAACUCAAGUACCUUUCGUUAAAGUCGACGAUUUGGCAGCGGUUUGGUGCGAAUGGGCUGAAAUGGAAAUCAGAAAUGACAACUAUGAGAUGGCUUUGAAAUUGAUGCAUAAGGCUACCACCAUACCGUCCCAGAAAGCUUCUUAUUUCGAUGACUCCGAAACUGUCCAAAAUAGACUGUAUAAAUCGCUUAAAUUGUGGUCGUUAUACGCUGAUUUAGAGGAGAGUCAGGGGUCUUUCAAGUCUUGUAAGGCUGUCUAUGAUAGAAUACUGGACCUGAAAAUUGCUACGCCCCAAAUAAUAAUAAACUACGGUUUGUUUUUAGAGGAACAUAACUAUUUCGAAGAGGCUUUUAGAACGUACGAGAAGGGAGUUUCGUUAUUCAAAUGGCCCAAUGUUUAUGAUAUAUGGAACACGUAUUUGCUGAAAUUCUUGAAGAGGUAUGGUGGGGAGAAAUUAGAGAGAGCGAGAGAUCUGUUCGAGCAAUGUUUAGAAAAAUGCCCACCAGAAUUCGCGAAGAACAUCUAUUUACUGUACGCUAAACUAGAAGAGAAUCAUGGUAUGGCCAGACAUGCGAUGAGUAUCUACGAAAGGGCAACAAGUGCAGUAUUACCAUCGGAAGUGUUUGACGUGUUCAACAUUUACCUGAAGAGAGCAGCAGAAAUCUACGGGAUUUCGAAAACCAGGCAAAUCUACGAGAAAGCCAUCGAAGUCCUGCCAGAAGAUAAAACCAUCGCGAUGUGCAAGAAAUUCGCGGAAAUGGAGACCAAGCUGGGUGAAAUCGACAGGGCGAGGGCCAUCUACGCCCAUUGCAGCCAGAUCUGCGAUCCCAGGGUGACCACGGAAUUCUGGCAGAUAUGGAAGGAGUUCGAAAUCAAGCACGGCAACGAGGAUACGAUGAGGGAGAUGCUGAGGAUAAAGAGAAGCGUGCAGGCCAUGUUCAACGUCCAGGUGAACAUGAUGUCCGCUCAGAUGAUCACCUCGGCAAACAGUGGAGCCAGCACUGUGGCUGAUUUGGCACCAGGUGCCAAUGAUGGCAUGCGUUUAUUGGAGGCCAAAGCGGCGGAAAUGGCUGGUAUGACGACGGCCAAUCCAGGACUCAAUAAGAUUAUGUUCGUUAGGGGAGAGACGCAAGGGAGUAGGGAAGAAAAGGUUGUUAAUCCUGAUGAGAUUGAUAUCGGGGACAGUGAUUCUGAGGAAGAAACUGAGUCCCCUGUUAAACAAGAUGUACCUGCUCAGAUCUUCGGCAGUUUGAACAUUAAAUGAGUGGAUUGAUGACUUUUUUAUGUAUAAAUUUAAAAUAAGAUGUAUGAAUGUAUUAUUAAUAUAUUGUUAUAAAAAA